GUUCCUGUACUAUAGUCCAUCCUUCGUCUUUUGGUAUUCUUGCUAUUCUGCUUGCAUUCCUUUCUUCUUCCGCGAGCUUUCGUGUCCUGUUUCUCGCGCUCUCUUUCCUUCGUCGCUUGUUGGCUCUCGAAAGAGAGCUCUGCACCACUUUGGAGCUUGGAUUUCGUUUGGAGGUCGCCUUAUUCCACGGCGAGUGACAGAAAUGUCCACCCCCAAUGAUCUUCAGGCCCUGCUGGCCAGCAUCAGGCCGCGCCCCUCGCCAUCGGGCACCCCUGCUCAUGAUCCUCCCAUGCCACAGCAGCACCCUGGCCAGUACCAGGCUGGUUACCGCCACCAGCACCAGCACCAGCAGUUCCAGCCACCCUAUGAGGGCCACGGUCAGAGCUACCCUCACCCUCACCUGCAACCCCAGCACCUUCACCAACACGGCUACCGUCACCCUUCCGUCUCGUCGAACAUUCAUAGCCCUUCGCCCGUUAAUACUCCGCCUCACCAUGGCUCGGAUAUUCUUAGUCCUAAUGUUCCGACGCCUCGUGCCGAGAUGUAUGCCCAGCAGCAUCAUCAUCAGCCCUUGCCUCAAAACCCCGACCGUGCGGUCAACCUCUUGAACCUUUUGAAGUCCAACCAACCCCCGACCGCUUCUGUCCAGCAGCAGCAGCAGCAGCUGGUGGUCGCGGGCAUGGAUCAGGCUAUGUACCCCCAGGCGCGUGCAUCUGCCCCGGAGGAGGCGUCCCAGGCCCACGCGAGAAAUAUCUCCGCGUCCGACCUGGUCGCGUCCCUUUUUGGUGGACAGGGUCAAUCCACUGCCCCACCUGUGAGACCGGCGGGUACUCACCCUGGCCAGCUUGGCUCUGUGGGUGCUGGGUCUGGCGUCGCAGAGAGCUCCUCGUCCGCUGCUCCGACUGCGGAGCAUACCCAGGAGAUGUUGCUUCGUCUGCUGAACCGCCCCAAGCCUGCUCGGGACGUGUUGGAGGGUCCGGUGAGACCUGUUUCUCAAUCUCCCUCCGUUGUUUCGCCCGUCAAGUCUCCUGUGCCUGAGGUCGAGUUGAGUAACAUUCUGACGCCAUCUGAUCAGGUUGUCGAGGAAACCUUCGCCCGUCCGGAGGAGCCUAUAUCUGGGAGACUGGACAAGUCUUCUUCCGGAAAGGAGUCGAUGUUUACCUACGUCAACCCGUUUGAGCAGCUAGCUGCCGCCUCCCCUCGAAACGGGACUCCUCAACCUAAGUCUCGGAGUGAGAGUCCGGCUGUCGAAAUCAUGAAGAACAAGAAGGUCAGCAUUGUUACUAAGGCUGAGACCGCGCCGGUACCCGACCCUGUGGAGACUCCCGAGGUUGGACGCGUCGCGUCGCCCAUGCUGGCCGGAGAACAGAGAGAAGCUGUUACUCAGGUGGUCGACAAGCUCGUGGAGGAAAUAAGCCGUGAAGUUGAUAGUGCCGCUUCCGAGUCUGCCGAGGAGAAGGUGUCUCGGGUCGCAACAGCUCAAGAAGACAGCACGCAAGCCGUGCUCUCAUCUAUCGCUUCCCACCUGCGGGAGACUGCCGCGGAGGCGAAGGAGCAGACGGAAGUCACUGACAAGAAGGUGGAGAAAGAGGAUGCUGGAGCCGCCACUAUGUCUGCUGCUGCGAAGGAGACUUCCAACAGUGGCAGCGGUGAUGCGCUGGCGGACAGCUGGGAGAGCGCGGAGGACAGUGCUGAAAAGGAGGAAGAGCGUGUCGUCUCAGUGCACAACUUCCCCCUGAAGCCCUUUAUCUCCAUCAUUGUCAAGGCCCACGCCGGGAAAUUGGCAACUCUCAGAGAUGACGGCAUUAUGGACAUCGCGCGGCUGAAGAAGGACUUUGAUCAGUUGGAUCGCUCGUUGACGUCCGCGACUUCCGACUACAUCGUCUAUGCUUUGGCGAAGAACGGAGGCAUGCGUAUCAUUCGCCAGGACGAUGGAAGUGAUAAACAGGUGUUCCGUUCGGUUCGAGACCGAAUUUUCAACGUUGCUGUCUGCACCUCGCAGGCGGCAACUGGCCGCAGCACCGAGGAGCAGGCGCUGCUGGGAAUUGGCGUGAGUGGUGCCGUUUACUGGGUCUUGAUCUCUCGCACGGACAAGGAUCUCUUUGAACUGGACGCCCUUGAGAGUGAGAGUCUCAUUUUCCCGCCCUUCCCUGCUUCGGACGAGAACACUUCGGGUGGCCAGCUGAAAACGCGGGCUAAACGGAGCUCUCGUCACCCCGGUUUCUUCGCCAUCGGCCGUGGCAAGAACAUCUACGUGGUCUCUCCCCAGGCUGCUAUGAACCCGAGCUACGGUGUAUCGGGCCCCCAACGCAUCGUUAACAGCGAGAAGUUCUUCAAGGAGCGUGCUUUGAAGAUCUCAACCGGCAAAGCAGGCAAGGACUUCAUGUUCAGCGAUGAUGAUACGGUGAUAGCAUCCCUUGAUAAAACCGGUCGACUUCGCUUCUGGGACAUUCGCGAGGCGGUUAGCAAUCCGGCUUUCUUUGCCUCGGGUCCUGGCCCGGCUGAGGUCCGGGUUCCCUUGAACACCUUUGUUACUGGUUCGCCCGCUGAGAAGUCGUGGCCCACCUCGGUGCUGUUCAUCGACAAGCUGCGGCCGUAUGUGAAGUCGAUGGCACUGCGUUACGUGUUGGUGGGACUGAAGCAGAACCACACCCUGCAGCUCUGGGAUAUUGGGCUGGGCAAGGCUGUGCAGGAGCUCAAGUUUCCCCAUGAGAAUGAGUCGGACGCCAUCUGCAGUGUCGCCUACCACCCGGCUUCGGGCAUCGUCGUCGUCGGACAUCCCACGCGCAACUCCAUCUACUUCGUCCACCUCUCUGCCCCCAGAUACAACCUGCAGGCCAUGUCACAGGCCUCCUUCAUCAAGCGCUCGGGCGAGAAGGAUAGCACCUUGCCUAAGCCAGAAUCCACUGCAUGCAUGAGCGGCAUUCGGGAGAUCUCCUUUGCUUCGAAGGGCCAGCUGCGCAGCUUGGACCUUCUUCCAGUGACCAAGAGCGCUGGCGAAGAGAGUGGCCUGUUUGAACUCUACGUGAUGCACUCGCGCGGAGUAACCUGUCUCAACAUCAAGAAGGAGGACUUGGGAUGGACCUCGGACAACAAAAUCAUUCGCCCUGUGAACGCACUAGAGGAAGGUCUCAUCGACAUUGCCGAGUUGCAAACCUUCCCCACGUAUGUGGCGGACGAGCCAUCGGUCAACGGCGAUUCAGUCCCUACGCCCACCAAGCCCGCGGCCAAGGAGAUCGCAAAGAAGGUUCCGGAAUUGAACACGGAGGCUACCACCGCCGCCGGUCCCAGCUCUUUGCGUACUCAGUCACCCACCAAGCUGGUGACUAUUAAGAAACCGGGCCAGGAGCAGGCCGAGUCCGUCGCCACCACCAACACUGAGAAAGCUGAGAAGAAAAAGAAGAAGAAGAACGCUACGUCGCCGGCCACCACGGCUGAAACCUCCGUCAAAGGCAAGGAACCCGCGGCUGCGAACGAGUCACUUCCCGGUGACUUUGCUGCCACUGUUCAGACUCCUGUGAGCGGCGAACAAUUCGGCAGUGAUGCACAGAAGGUACCCGUUGAGUCGGCACCCAUCUUGACUCCGGCUCCCGCCGCCACAGAUGAUUCGGCCGCUAUCAUCAACCAGCAUUUGGAGGCCCUGCAGACCGGUGUGUCUUCGGAGUUCAACAAGAGCCUUGGCCGUGAAAUCGAAGGACUGUAUCUCCGCUUCGACGAAGAACGUCGCAACUGGGAUGCGGCCUCGGCGGCCAAACAGGAUCAAGUUCUGCGCCUGGUCUCCAGCACCCUAUCUGACAAUGUGGAGAAGAACCUGGCCCGCAUCGUGUCGAGCAGCAUCCAGAGUGACGUGGUGCCUGCCUUGACCGAGGUCACGUCCGCCGCCGUUGGGAAGCAGCUCAACACAGUUGUGGCUCAGCAGAUGGGAGGUGUUAUCCCCCGUGAGUUGCGACAGGCUCUGCCUGAAGCCGUGGGUCGUGCCGUCCAGCAGCCUGAAUUGAUGAAAGUGUUGUCGGAUGCCGUUGGCCAGAAGCUGGCGACCCAGGUCGAGAAUGAGAUUUCUAAGGCUGUCCACAACACCAUCACCCCCGCUUUCAGGAACGUUGCUGCGCAGACUGCGGAGAAGGUCACCAUUGUCAUGGAGAAACAGAUGCAGGCCCAGGCAAGGCAGUUUGAAUUGCAGCGCCGGAAUGACGCCACCAAGAUCGACCAACUCACCUCGCUCGUGCGUGAACUCUCUGAGACUGUGGCGGCCAUGGCGGUGGUACAGACCGAGCUUCGGAGCGAGGUCUCAAAGCUCAACAGUAACUUGGUGCCCAAGCCCAAGCCGGAAGUCGAACAGGUGGAGCAGCCCGUGGUAUCUGCGGCCCCCGUUUCUAGAACCGCCGAGCAAGCCGAGAUGGAAGACAUUACUCAGUUGAUGAGCCAGGGUCGGUACGAAGAGGCUUCCGUCAAGUGGAUGCAAUCCUCUCAGCAGGCCGAUUUGUUCGACAAUCUUUUUGUCCGCAUGAACCCCUCCUAUCUGACUAGCCUUUCGCCCAUUGUGGGCCUGUCUGUUGGUGUUGCCGUGACGUCGUCGUUGCAGACCCACGUCAUGGAGCGUCUGGCUUGGUUGGAAGUCGUCCUUCAGAUAGUUAAUCCGAUGGAUCCGGAUAUCCGCGACCUUGUACCCCAAAUCAUGGACAUCCUCAUUUCACGGUUGGAGGUCUUGUACAUGUCUGUUGCAGAGAAGUCGCCCCAUGAUCCGAUCACUCGCAAGAUUGCACCUCUUUCGCGCCGUGCCCGGCUGCUGAAGGGAUAAAAGUUGAUUUGCGCAAGGCCCACGUAUUGGUUUAAUGAAUAAUGCACGGGAAUGAGAAGACACGGGGAUAUGUAUGA